CUUGAGGCGGCUCGUGCCCUCCGCAGAUGCCCGAGGAAACCCAGACCCAGGACCAGCCGAUGGAGGAGGAGGAGGUCGAGACCUUCGCCUUCCAGGCGGAGAUCGCCCAGUUGAUGUCGCUGAUCAUCAACACCUUCUACUCGAACAAAGAGAUCUUCCUGCGGGAGCUCAUCUCCAACUCCUCGGACGCUCUGGACAAAAUCCGAUAUGAAAGCUUGACGGAUCCCAGCAAAUUAGAUUCUGGGAAGGAGCUGCACAUCAAUAUCAUUCCCAACAAGCAAGAUCGCACCCUCACCAUUGUGGAUACCGGCAUCGGCAUGACUAAGGCCGAUUUGAUCAACAACCUUGGUACUAUCGCCAAGUCUGGCACCAAAGCCUUCAUGGAGGCUUUGCAGGCCGGUGCAGAUAUCUCUAUGAUUGGCCAGUUCGGUGUUGGAUUUUAUUCGGCCUAUCUGGUUGCUGAGAAGGUGACUGUCAUCACUAAACACAACGAUGAUGAGCAGUAUGCCUGGGAGUCCUCGGCCGGGGGCUCGUUCACCGUGAGGACUGACACAGGGGAACCUAUGGGCCGAGGAACAAAGGUUAUCUUGCAUCUGAAGGAAGACCAAACAGAAUACUUGGAGGAAAGACGAAUCAAGGAAAUUGUGAAGAAACAUUCUCAGUUUAUUGGCUAUCCCAUUACCCUUUUUGUGGAGAAAGAACGUGAUAAGGAGGUCAGUGAUGACGAGGCCGAAGAAAAGGAGGAUAAAGAGGAGGAAAAGGAAAAGGAAGAAAAGGAGUCAGAUGACAAACCUGAAAUAGAGGAUGUUGGUUCUGAUGAAGAGGAAGAAGAAAAGAAGGAUGGUGACAAGAAGAAGAAGAAGAAAAUUAGGGAAAAGUACGUUGAUCAGGAAGAACUCAAUAAGACAAAGCCAAUUUGGACCAGAAACCCUGAUGAUAUCACUAAUGAGGAGUACGGAGAGUUCUACAAGAGCUUAACCAAUGAUUGGGAAGACCACCUGGCAGUGAAACAUUUCUCCGUUGAAGGACAGUUGGAAUUCAGAGCUCUUCUUUUUGUCCCGCGACGCGCUCCUUUUGAUCUAUUUGAAAAUAGAAAGAAAAAGAACAACAUUAAGCUGUAUGUCCGCAGAGUUUUCAUCAUGGAUAACUGUGAGGAGCUGAUCCCUGAGUAUCUGAACUUCAUCCGAGGGGUGGUGGACUCUGAGGAUCUCCCUCUAAAUAUUUCCCGUGAAAUGUUACAACAAAGCAAAAUUCUGAAAGUUAUCAGGAAGAAUUUGGUCAAAAAAUGCCUAGAAUUGUUCACUGAGUUGGCAGAAGAUAAAGAGAACUACAAGAAGUUUUAUGAACAGUUCUCUAAAAAUAUAAAGCUUGGAAUCCAUGAGGACUCGCAAAAUCGGAAGAAGCUUUCUGAGCUCUUACGCUACUACACCUCUGCUUCUGGGGACGAGAUGGUUUCUCUCAAGGACUACUGCACCAGGAUGAAGGAAAACCAGAAGCACAUCUAUUACAUCACAGGUGAAACCAAGGACCAGGUAGCUAACUCUGCCUUCGUGGAGCGUCUGCGCAAGCAUGGCUUGGAAGUGAUCUACAUGAUCGAGCCCAUCGACGAGUACUGUGUCCAGCAGCUCAAGGAGUUUGAAGGGAAGACGUUAGUGUCAGUCACCAAAGAGGGCUUGGAACUCCCAGAAGAUGAAGAGGAGAAGAAGAAACAGGAAGAGAAAAAGACAAAGUUUGAAAAUCUGUGCAAGAUCAUGAAAGACAUCUUGGAGAAGAAGGUUGAAAAGGUCGUCGUGUCAAACCGAUUGGUGACGUCCCCAUGCUGUAUUGUCACAAGCACAUACGGCUGGACAGCGAACAUGGAACGAAUCAUGAAGGCCCAAGCCCUUCGAGACAACUCAACCAUGGGCUACAUGGCAGCAAAGAAACACCUGGAGAUCAAUCCCGAUCACUCCAUCAUUGAGACCUUGAGACAGAAGGCAGAAGCUGACAAGAACGACAAGUCUGUGAAGGAUCUGGUCAUCCUGCUCUAUGAAACGGCACUCCUGUCCUCUGGCUUCAGCCUGGAGGAUCCACAGACCCACGCAAACCGCAUCUACAGGAUGAUUAAACUCGGGCUAGGUAUUGAUGAGGAUGACCCCACCGCCGACGACACCAGUGCGGCUGUGGCAGAGGAGAUGCCGCCCCUGGAAGGAGACGAUGAUACCUCACGCAUGGAGGAAGUGGACUAGGCCCGUGAGCUCCACACGCACCUUCAUUCCCUCUGAUGAUACCCCCAGGAUUGUGUUUAUUUUUGUUAACAUUUAAAAAGUCUGUAUAGCAUGACAACUA